AACCGCCGCACAGAGCAACAAAUGCAAGUUGGCGUAUUAUAUGCGAGGCCAACGUUUGCGUCCAAUAAAUACCACACUGACUGUUUACAUCACACAUAUGCUUUAAUAACGAAACGCGUUUGAACACAUUUCAAGCGGACGAAGAGGAAGUAUCACUAAAAGAGCAGAAGAACUGCCUUUAUUCAUUGAAAUCACCGGUUGAGUCGGACACGCUGAUGGCGGCGACAGUGGAGGAGCUCUAUCGUAACUAUGGCAUCCUCGCCGACGCUAAAGAGGAUCUCAGCAAGCACAAAGAUGCCUAUCAGGUAAUUCUAGAUGGAGUUAAAGGAGGCCCUAAAGAGAAACGACUGGCUGCACAGUUCAUUCCAAAAUUUUUCAGCAGUUUUCCAGAACUUUCUGAUGCAGCCAUCAAUGCACAGCUUGAUCUGUGUGAAGAUGAGGAUGUAUCUAUCCGGAGGCAGGCUAUCAAAGAACUUCCUCGUUUUGCAUCAGGAGAGAAUUUGCCAAGAGUCGCAGAUAUCCUCACACAGCUGUUGCAGACAGAUGAUUCUGCUGAAUUCAGUCAAGUCAACACAGCGUUGAUCUCCAUUUUCAAAAUUGAUUCAAAAGGAACUCUGGGAGGCUUGUUCAGUCAAAUCCUACAAGGAGAAGAUAUUGUUCGAGAAAGGGCAAUCAAGUUUCUCUCUACCAAGUUGAAAACGAUGCCAGAUGAUACAAUGACCAAGGAGGUGGAGGAUUACGUCUUUACGGAGACAAAAAAGGUCCUGGAGGAUGUGACGGGGGAGGAGUUUGUUCUUCUAAUGCGUAUCUUGUCAGGACUGAAGAACAUGCAGACUGUGAGUGGGAGGCAGCAGCUGGUGGAGCUGGUGGUGGAACAGGCCUUUUUAGAGCAGGCCCUUAACCCAGCAGAUACUGACAGUGUUGACCGGCUCUUGCAGUGCACACGCCAGGCCUUACCACUCUUUUCUAAAAAUGUGCAUUCUACUCGCUUUGUGACAUACUUCUGUGAGUACGUUCUGCCCAACCUCUGUCUGCUCACCAGUCCUGUAGCAGAACUGGACAUCCAGCUCGAGGUUCUUAAGUUGAUGGCAGAGAUGAGUCCAUUUUGUGGGGACAUGGAGAAACUGGAGGUCAACCUCAAGAUGCUUUUUGAAAAGCUACUGGAGUUCAUGCCCUUGCCUCCAGAGGGGGAGAACGGAGAGAAUGCAGCAAAUGAAGAGCCCAAACUGCAGUUCAGCUAUGUGGAGUGCCUACUCUUCAGCUUCCACCAAUUGGGCAAAAAGUUACCCGACUUCCUCAUUGACAAAAUCAGCGGAGACAAGCUAAAGGACUUCAAGAUCAGGCUACAAUACUUUGCAAGGGGACUGCAAGUUUAUAUCCGUCAACUGCGUGUUGCUUUGCAAGGCAAGACGGGAGAUGCAUUGAAGACAGAGGAGAAUAAAAUGAAAGUUGUUGCAUUGAAGAUCACCAACAACAUAAACGUUUUAAUAAAGGAUCUGUUUCAUAACCCUCCGUCCUAUAAAAGCACAGUCACACUGUCCUGGAAACCUGUGCAGAAGACUGAAGCAGCUGCAACAGCAGUUGGUAAGAAGAGGCUGUCGGGAGAGGACAUUGGGGCAACGGCAGCAGCAAAGAAGCUUCCCGUAAAUCUACCCAGGAGGGACGCCCGUCAGAUCUACAAUCCACCUAGCGGGAAGUAUAGCGACAGCAUUGGGAACUUCUCAUAUGAACAACGAGGAGGCUUCAGGGGUGGCAGGGGGCGGGGCUUUGGAGGAAGAGGAAACAGAAGCAGAGGCCGAAUUUAUUAAGAGGACUGCAUAUACUUCUCCACCCAUGCAACUGCAUAAACACAACAUACCAAUAUCUCUGCCGCCUUUACAGUUUUUGUCCCCCAGUGGUCUUUGCUGUAUCAUACAGACUUCCACCAUCCAUUGAUUUUCUAUCCAAAUAGUUUUGUUUUUCUUGAGUAUUGAAAAUCCAUAACAGUUCCUUGUCCUUUUCUUUUUUCUUUUUUUUUUUUUCCUGGAUCAUAUUUGUGAAACAAAAGACUGCCAAGGUGUAUUUUUGAAGAGUUUUUGUAUGGUGACAUUCUUUGUAUGUUUUUUUUUUGUUUGUUUUUUUAAACCUUUUUAAGUCUUGAGAUUUUGUUGAAUCAAAAAUAAUCAAGAAUUUGUAAGAUGUUAAAAUAGACGACUCUAAAUUUUAUCAUAAACUUGUGUGGUUCAAAUCUAAUGCUGUCAGUAUCUUUUAAUCAGGACAUAAAUACAUGUUUAAAAUAUUAACAUAAACAUUGUCCUUUGAAUUGCCUUGUCUUUUCACUGUUAAAAAAAAUAUUAAGGAACCAAUCUUUUUCAGGUAUUUCAAGGAUUUGAGAGUUCAGUUUUAAUUUUAAACAGUUUGCAUGCAUAGUUUUUAGGAGAUAUUUAAAUGUUUUGGAUUUAAGGACAUGUAUUACAGCAGUUGUUCUUCAUUUUGGAGAGGUUUUCACCAACAUUAAAA